AUGACCCCAGGCAAACCCGCUAGCAUCCCUUAUGGAAUUGGCGGCCCGACUCGCUCCAUGCCCCCUCGACUGGCAUGUCAUUUGGAUCGCCUCUUCGCGAGGAUGUCCAGAGCUUGGGUCGGGCUUGUCCACCGAUCCCAGACUUUGAUCCUCCCCGUCCCGUUUCCCUUGGAUAGUAAUAAAAGUAGUCCCUUCUGUUGGCCCCAUAGACCCGAAAUACACACUCAGGCGUAG